AUGUCGCAACAACGAGAAUGGAUCGCGAAUGCCAUUGUGAUGGACAAUGAAGUGAGCAAUUCCAAGAUUCUUGAACAUCAUUUGAACAAUGUUUGGAUGCGAGCUCUAUUAAUUAGCAAGAUAGUUCCUAUCUUUCCUGUAAGUGGCAUCAUGUCCCAAACACCUGACCAACUUCGAUUCCAUCGUCGAAGCUUCGUGUACGUAAUCAACACAAUAAUCAUCAUUGUCGGCAUCAUCGACACCAUUCUCACGAUCAACUUGGUACUCCAAAAGAAAAUUUCCGUUUCAUCCAUUACCGCGUUUGCCUUUUUUCUCGUAACCGUUAUCGCUAACUUACUUUUGCGAGAUUUGGCUGGAAAAUGGCCAGCAUUGAUGAUGUAUUGGUAUAAAAAGGAAGAAGUUUUUCUCGGUUAUCCCUACAAACAACCAAAGCGGAAUCCAACAUGGGUCAUUACUCUAAUUUCUGCCGGGAUUUGCUUGAUGGUGUGCAUCGAACACGUUUUUUACUACUUGAACGGAUACAAUGCCACGAAAGUGAAUAUUGAAAAGUGCAAUUUUACGGGAAAAGUCGAGUUUUGGCAACACAUGUUUCAUCGCGAACGGGCUCACAUCUACAAUGUCAUCCCGUAUAGUCCGUGGAUCGUUCCAUUAUUUCAGUUGGAGAAUUUUGCAUUUUCCCUGUCAUCCAGUUACAUUGACAUCAUGUUAAUUAGCAUUUCGAUUGGGAUCAGUACACGUUUCAACCAGUUGAAUGAUCGCCUGAAAGAGGAUUUAUUAUCGAUCAAAACGGAGAACGAGUGGCUUUGCAUGCGACAACAUUAUGGAAAUCUUUCGGAUCUCGUAAGAAAAGUUAAUAAACACAUUUCCACCUUGAUUCUCUUGUCGUGCAGCAAUAAUUUGUACUUUAUUGUCGUUUAUAUCUUCAGGAGCUCCACUCCACGUGAAUCAGCAAUCAGUCAAAUUCACUUCUACAUCGUCAUGUCAGUGCUCUUCGUUCGUACAAUUUCAAUGUUAUUCGCAACGUCAACCAUUAACGACUCUUCGAAGGAAAUUGUCAAUGUUUUACGUCGAGUACCGACAAAUUUAUGGAAUAUCGAAGUAAAUCGCUUCAUUGAUCAAAUCGAGGCACAAACGGUCGCUUUCAGUGGCAAAAGUCUCUUCAUCCUGACAAGAAAAUUAAUUUUGGCGUUUGCAGGAACAAUUGUUACCUUUGAAAUCGCCUUGUUGGAUAAAGUUCCGAAGGAAACGACAUCAAAGACGUUUAAAUGUGAAUUUAGCUUCUAA